AGACAGACUGCCGCCAGGGAGGCGGAGGCGAGGAGGAUCUACGCCGCAAGGGAAGCAAGGUAAGCGGACAGCAGCUCUGCUCUGCAUGACGCAGACAUGCCCGCACGUCGACAAGACCGAGAUGAUUAGGAACAAUCAGCAGAACCGCUACACGCCUCAUGCCUGCGCUCGUGAUAAAAGCAGCAGGCAGAUGGACGAACAAACGUUGGAAUCUCGUUAGAAUGAUCUCCCGCCUUUGCCCUCUUCUAUCUGCUCUCACGACCAGUCACGAGCUGUUGACUGACAAGCGCACGCUCGCUGCUCAGACAGUUCCAUGUCGACCAUCGUCGGCAUCAGGAGAUGACCACGCAAUUUGCCGCUACACAGCCCUCCCUCGGCAGCGAAUCUUCAGGAUUCAACAGCGCACAGGAUCGAAAGCCAGCGACGGAACCCACCAUGCAAGCAGCUCGCCCAAUCACAACGCUGCAGCCUGAGCCCGCUCCGCCUCUCGCCGCCACGAACGGAGCCAUCCUUUCCGAACCCGAAGCAGUGUCUGCCAGUCUGACAAAGGAAAAGGACGAUCACAAACAAGAAAGGAGGGCCAAAGCUGCGCCUGAGCCAGCUGAAGAUUCUCAGGCUUUCAUAGCUGCCCUGCCAUCGAAUGACAGAGACUGCUACUACUCUGCCGUUGCCCGGGACGCGUCAGAGGGUGAGCGGGGCGCACAGAUGCACAAGCCAUCCGUCACCAAUCGUGGCCACAAACUAGCGCCGCUAGCAAGGAGCUAUCGCAUGGGUCGCAUGGGCGGCUGGGCUUACAACGAAAAGUGGGAUCUGCCCCUCACCGACGAUAGCGGCUAUGGCGUCUUUGGCCCAACAAAGGCUGUGCCCGCUCAUCUGCAGUCCAUCGCAGGCGCAUCCCUCGUCACUGCCGACCGCGCACGAAAGCGAAUCAAAGUCUCACUCGAGUCCUAUCUCGCCCAGGAAGGCAUACGACUCGAUCCAGACAGAGAGGAAGACAGCUCGCCCGAUGCUGACGAUCUCCCGCCGUCCCAUCCCAGCAUAUUCGACGGCCUCGACUUUAGGUUGACAGGCACACUAGAGCCUUCGUCAUUCCAGACCGCCCAAAAGCGCCCCAAGAAUGAGGCCCAGCUGCCUCCUCCCCUUCUCACACCGUUGGACCUCGUCUCAACGCCGACGGUCGCGCGCACUUUUGCACAAUCAAAUCGUCAACUGGACGCUCUGGCACUCUCCGUCAUCGGUCUCAUAGAAGCCGAUUCGCCCCUGAUCAAGACUUUGACGCGAGUAUGCGACGUGUUACGAGGCGACGUCCUGCCUCAAAUUUAUAAUCAUAUUGACGAUCAGGCGUAUGAGGCAGCUCGUCAGCAGCGGAGGCAGCAAGCAGAAGAGGUUGAUCAAGAAGACGAUGUGACCGUCAACAACGAAGACAUGCAGGACGUCAUACUGGAAGGCACUCCAGACGAAGCGGCAGAACGGGAAGCCACGCCGACAAACGGAGCAAUCAGCAGGACUGAUGGGGCAGCGAGCCAUGCAGCGAACGAUCCGUCCACGCCACUUAGCGAUGACAGGUCUGAUCGAGCUCAGUCAGCUGCUCCGCCUACGCAAGAGCGUACAAGGCAGCCCGAAGAAGGCCGACCCGAUGCACACGGGGGUGGUACUGCAGACGAUCCCACAAUCCGAGCUGUCGCUACAGAAGCCCGUGAGCAACCCGAGGGCGAGCCAGGCGACGAGGACGAGGGAGAAGAGGACGAAGAUGACGAUGACGAGGAGCCUGCAGCACCUCGGAGGAGUAGCCGCGCCAAAAAGCCCGCGACAAAUGCGUCAAGCUACACGACUCUCACUGCGGGUGUUUCGAGCAGACGCAUCGGCGAGCCGAAGCGAAAGAAGUCCACCAUCAGGAGCUACGACGAGGGCCGGUCGAUGGAAAGCGAGCGGCUUGCGGCUACCGUGCGAAGAUACCUCGCGCCUGAGCCAUACGUCAGGGCCCUCUUUGUCGAGCCGACGGCAGUACCAUCCGCCGACACAGCGCAAUCGGACGACAACGGCUUACAGGUACCACCUGCAUCACCAGUGUCGAAUCUCACGCCUGCACAGCAAUACACCGUCGUCCAAGAGUGCUUGACCGACCUGCAAAGAUUCCUCGCAGAUAAUUUGGAGUAUCACCACCGACUACGAGAGAUUCACGAAUCUGUCCUCGGCGUAGACAAGCGACGCAAGGGCGUUUGGAAGAUGACAAGACUGUAUGCAAAGGACUGGCUGCACCAUCAGCAGGGCAGCUAGGGCGUCGCAGCAAGGCAAUCGAUGGUUUGCAUUGCUUCAACGCUAGUACAAGUGAGCCGUGGGAACGUACAACGACGGCUGUUUUGGGGUGUUUAUCGUCUAUCCAUGCAACGUCUACUCUGUCUUUAUUUUGCUCGGAGGCGCUGAUGUAGGCUGUUAGCUUUGAAAAGGCGAUAAAAAUGAGCUAGCUACCAAUGAAGUUGACGCCGAUGAAUUUAAAAACCUCAUCGAUGACAAUGACCGGCAAGCUGAAUGCGAGGACGGCUUUCCAUUCUGCCCA